UCCGGGGAGGUGAGCGCGGAAGAGCGGGAGCUGAGGAUUUCUGGCUACUCAGAUUGUGGCGCGGCGACUGCUGUAAGAUGGAGGUGGGCUCGGCGGCCGAAGAUGGUCGGGAUGGUCCCCGGGAGCGGCGAGGCUUGGGUGAAGCCGAGAGGCCGCAGCAGAACCACGAAGUGCGGCCUCAGUCCGGGGCAGAUCGGUUACCAAAACAUUCCUACUGGUUGGAUCUCUGGCUCUUCGUCCUCUUAGACGUGGUGUUGUUUUUCUUCGUGUAUUUUUUGCCCUGAAUGGUUUGCCUGAUACCUAAAUUAAGAAUUUUGGCUCCUGGAGUGGAUCCUGAAAAUGACUACAAACUUCUUGAAUGAAGAAGACAGGAUUGUGCACCAGAAGAAUUUCAAACUCUAAGGGACCUUCAUUUCAUUUUACACAUUCUGUUAUUCUUUGGGGGGACUAUAUUAAAUGGGUAAUGAUCUCAGCCAUUCAUAGCUAAGUUCUUAAAACUCAGCUCUGACUCAUGUUUUAAAACUUUUUACAGAUUAUCUGGUGGCUUUACAGGGGCUGAACAUAAAAAGUAUUUAUACAUAUACUCAUUAGGAAAUAUAUUAAUGUUUUUCCUUUAACAUUUUAAGGGUUGGCCAAGGUUUAGUAUGAUGCAAAUAAUAUGGUGAAAUAAUAAGGUGAAAUAUUUAGAAAUAAAUUAUCCAAAAGCAAGGGAAGGAUUUUGAAAAAAGGAGUUAAAAGCUAUACAGAAAAUGCAGGCCCACGAUGUAUUUGCUGUAAGUGCCAGUUUAAUUUUUAGAUUAAGUGGACCUCUGUUAUGGUUGCUAGGUUGGUACAAUCUUAGAGAAAGUAUAUAAUAUCCAGUAAUGGAAGGCUAGAGUGCAUGUCCUCUCACCUGGAUGCUUCCCCUCACUUUUAAGCUCUUGAACUCUGUAAAGUAGGACUGUGUGUUUCAAACCUAAUUUUUAUUGUGGUUGCAUUAAGAAUGCUUGUGGCCAAAACAUGUUUAUUAUAAUGUCUGUAAUUUACUUUAAUACUCCAGCAAAGUCACCAUAUUUACUCACUGAGCAAAUGUUUGAGCACUUACUGUGGACCAGGUACAGCACUGAACAAAACAGACAAAGAUCCUUGCCUUUAUGGAGCUUACAUUCUUUUUUAUCUAAAUAUGUUAACAAGAAUUUAUUUCCCAGGAGUGAUCAGCUAGUAUUUAAUCAAAAAGGUCACAUUCCCAAAGCAGC